GAAACAAGAAGAAAUAUCUGUCAGUGGGGUACGAAUCAAGUUUUGAAUCAAGCUUCUAACACCAAUGGCAGAUAUUUGUUCUUGUUUCAAGCAUAAACCCACUUAAUUUAAUACAUUUUUCACAAUAUCUCAAGUAAAUGUAUGUUGAUUUAAAAAUGUUUAGGAAAACAAAAUGAGACUGAAACAUGUUAACAAAUGAACAUUUUAUAACGUGCGUGACGUCAGCAGGCCGUUUCCCAUCAUGCUCGUGUUAGUUCACUAAUCUUCAUUGUGAUUGUCGGCUCAUAGUUGAUUUCAGUGUCAUCUCUGUUAUCGUUUCAUUGAUCCAGAAGCGGAUUGUCUGCUUUUAUACAGUUAAUGUACUGUACAAAAACUGGCCUGAGAGUUUGCAUUUCCACGCAACAGCGCUGCUGCUGCUCUUUGACUGCACAUACUGCGGUUAGUAACUCACACUCACUCACAGACACACACAAACACACACUUAUACAGAGAAACCGCACACACUCUAGCAGCAGCACAUGCAGGAAUAUAAAACCCAAAUUUUGCAAGUCAAGUGAGUGUGUGACAGAGAGGAAAGAGGAAGUUGUGUGCAGUUGAAAGGCUUCCUCCCCUCUGCAGUGUUGCAGAGCAGCAGCAGCGGCGCGGAGGAAACAACGAGAGAGACGACAGAGGAGACGCUCGCUGGACAUCCUGAGCAAGCAGGAAGACGACAAAGGUCAAAGGAGAGAGAGAGAGAGAGACUUCAUUAAUGAACACUCAAUCACUCAAGCCAUCGCUGGAUCUGAAUCUGUGCUGACUGUCGAUUCGCUGUGUUUUGAAACUGAUUGGUGAUGUCGGGUUUGAAGUUUAUCUCUGGGAUCAUGGAUGCAUUAGGAAGGUUUUAGGUCACCUGAGGGCCGUUAGUGUUCGUAUCGUGUGGAGAUGGAGUUGUGGAGGCAGUGCGCCGGAUGGCUGAUUCAGUGCCGAGUGCUUCCUGAGAACCACAGAGUCACCUGGGAGAGCGCACAGGUGUGUGAUCUGGCCCAUGCGCUGAGAGAUGGAGUUUUACUCUGUCAGCUGCUCAAUAACCUGCUGCCGCAGUCGGUCAACCUGCGACAGAUCAACCUGCGACCCCAGAUGUCUCAGUUCUUGUGCCUGAAGAACAUCAGGACGUUCCUGUGUGCCUGUCAGGAGAAAUUCGGCAUGAAGAAAAAUGAGCUUUUCGAGGCCUUUGACCUGUUUGACGUCCGGGACUUUGCGAAGGUGAUCGACACGCUGUCCAUCCUGUCGCAAACGCCACUGGCUCUGCAGAGAGGAUUCCGGCCGUUUCCAGAUGAAGCUUGUGUUGGAGAUGAUGACAUCUACACGGGCCUCUCAGACCAGAUCGAUGAUACGGUGGAGGAAGAUGAUGAUCUUUAUGACUGUGUGGAGGAAGAUGAGAAUGAAGGAGAUGAUAUUUAUGAAGAUCUGAUGAGGACAGAGGAACCAGAAACACAGCAGAAAGUUGAAGUGGACAAAAGGAGCUGCUGUCUUCAGGAAAUCAGACAGACAGAGGAGAAAUACACAAACACACUGGAAUCCAUACUUCAGCACUUUCUGAAACCAUUGCAGCCUUUCCUUCGGCCUGUGGACGUGGAGAACAUCUUCAUUAAUAUUCACGAACUGGCCAACACCCAUCGCUCUCUGCAUCAGGAGCUGCAGGAGUCCAUACUGAACUUAGGAGCUGAGAAUCUCUAUCAGAUCUUCAUUGACUACAAGGAGAGGCUGCUGCUGUACGGACGUUACUGCAGUCAGGUGGAAGCUGCCACCAAACACCUGGACAAAAUCACCAGCACCAGAGAAGACGUGAAGAUGAAACUGGAGGAGUGUUCGAUGAGAGCCAACAGUGGCAGAUUUUCACUGCGAGAUCUGCUGAUGGUUCCCAUGCAGAGAGUCCUGAAGUAUCAUCUGUUGCUUCAGGAGCUCAUGAAACAUACAGUGGACCAACAAGACAAGGAAAACUUACGCACUGCACUGGAUGCCAUGAGGGAUCUGGCUCAGUGUGUGAACGAGGUGAAGAGAGACAAUGAGAUCAUCCGUCAAAUCACAACGUUUCAGCUGUGCAUUGAGAACAUGUCUCAGUCUCUGGCAUUAUACGGCCGUCCCAAAAUAGAUGGAGAACUCAAGAUCUGCAGCCCAGAGAAGAAAUCCAAACAGGACAGGUACGCGUUCCUCUUCGACAAGGCUCUGUUAGUGUGUAAGAAGCGCAGCGGCGAGAGUCUGGAGCUGAAGGAGCUGAUUGAACUUCAACAUUACCAGCUGAGAGACGAACCGUCAGGAGAGAAGGACAACAAGAAGUGGACACACACGUUCCUCCUGAUGGAUUUAUACGGUCAAGGCGGCUACGAUCUGUACUUUAAGACGCGUGAGCUGAAGAAGAAAUGGCUGGAGCAGUUUGAGAUGGCGCUGUCAAACAUGUGUCCGGAGAACAGCUCUGCUAAUGGUCAUGACUUCCAGAUGCACUGUUUUGAGGAGACCACCUCAUGUAAAGCGUGUCAGAUGCUCCUCAGGGGCAUCUUCUAUCAGGGCUACCGCUGCACGCGCUGUAAGAUGGCCGCACAUAAAGAGUGUCUGGGCCGAGUUCCUGUGUGCGGACGAAACUCUGAAUUAUCUGGAACGCUGAAGAAGGGUAAGACGAUGAGGUUAGCAUCUCAAAGACAGACUAAACCAGGUCUGCCGAAGAUGGAGGUGUGUAUGGACUACUACGGUCUCCCUCCGCCGCCGGUGGCGUUCGGCCAGCCGCUGCCGCUGACUGUGGGUGACGUGGUGGAGCUGACGCGAGCCGAGGUGGACCUGCAGUGGUGGGAGGGCAGGAAUCUGACCAUCGGCGAGGUCGGCUGGUUUCCCUGCAGUAAAGUCCAGCCGUUUCUACCGGCGUCACCUCCAGAUUUAUCAGCUCUGCCCUGGUUCGCUGGUAACAUGGACAGGGCUGGUGCUAAAACUCUGCUGACGUCUCGCUCCGAUGGGACGUUUCUCGUGCGACAGAAAGAUGCUGGAGAAUACGCCAUCAGCCUCAAGUUCAACAUGGACACCAGACACAUAAAGGUCACGUACUCAGAGGGACUGUACAGAAUCAACGAGAAGAAAGCCUUUAAGGGGCUGUAUGAGCUGGUGCAGUACUAUCAGGAGAACUCGCUGAGAGAGUGUUUCAAAGACGUGGACUCCAGACUGCAGACGCCCUACAAGCAGCCGGAGCAGAGCGCAGCGCCGGUGCACAGUAACUCACGCGGCACAGGGCCAGCGAGCGAGCGCUAUUUCGGCACCGCCAAAGUGCGCUACGAUUUCUCUGCGCGUGACCGAACCGAACUCUCGCUGAGGGAGGGAGACACCGUCAAAAUCAUCUCCAAGAAAGCUCACAACGGCUGGUGGAGAGGAGAGGUGUACGGCAGGGUGGGCUUGUUUCCUGCUAAUUAUGUGGAGGAGGAGCAUUCAGAUUACUGCUGACCAAUCAACACCUUCAUUUACCGUCACACUGAACGUUACUCUCGCGAGGCCAUACGAGCUGCAUCCCAAACUGAGACACAGCCACAAUCAGUCGUUUACAUGAUCUCCGUCUGGGGUUUGUUGGCUUGUAUAGAGAGAGUGUUUCUCACUAGACGACAGACCAACUGAAUGAUUUUAAGCUUUGGUUUUAGAGCCACUCUCAUUUGGAGUGACUUCAUUUAGAUUAUUUCUCAGAAGAUCGACUCAUGUGCUUCAUGAGAUAUUUGAUAUUUCAGUGGAUGUAAUAAGGUGUUUUUUCCUUGAGAUUCUGAUUAAACAUGUUUGUUUGAAAA